AUGGCUGCUCGUCCACAACAACCCCCCAUGGAAAUGCCGGAUCUGUCCAACGCCAUUGUGGCACAAGACGAGAUGGGUAGGCCCUUUAUCAUUGUGAAAGAUCAAGGCAACAAGAAGAGACAACACGGAUUAGAAGCCAAAAAAUCACAUAUAUUGGCUGCUAGAUCAGUGGCUUCCAUCAUCAAAACAUCAUUGGGUCCCCGUGGGUUAGAUAAAAUCUUGAUCUCACCAGAUGGUGAAAUUACCAUUACCAACGAUGGUGCUACAAUCUUAUCUCAAAUGGAACUAGACAACGAGAUAGCCAAGCUAUUAGUACAACUAUCCAAAUCUCAAGACGAUGAAAUUGGUGACGGUACUACAGGCGUUGUUGUUUUAGCGAGUGCAUUACUCGACCAAGCCUUAGAACUAAUUCAAAAGGGUAUACAUCCAAUCAAGAUUGCUAAUGGAUUUGAUGAAGCUGCCAAGUUAGCCAUUGCCAAGUUAGAAGAGGCGUGCGAUGACAUUUCGGCAUCAAACGAUGAGUUGUUCAGAGACUUUUUAUUGAGGGCCGCCAAGACUUCUUUGGGCUCCAAGAUUGUCUCCAAGGACCAUGAUAGAUUUGCUGAAAUGGCUGUGGAAGCGGUCAUCAAUGUCAUGGACAAAGAUCGUAAGGAUGUGGAUUUCGAUUUGAUCAAGAUGCAGGGACGUGUUGGUGGAUCCAUAAGCGACUCCAAACUGAUUAAUGGUGUUAUUUUGGACAAGGAUUUUUCUCACCCACAAAUGCCUAAGUGCGUUUUACCAAAGGAGGGAUCUGAUGGUGUUAAAUUAGCUAUAUUAACGUGUCCAUUUGAACCACCUAAACCCAAGACCAAGCAUAAACUGGACAUCUCUUCAGUAGAAGAAUACCAAAAACUACAAACUUAUGAACAAGACAAGUUCAGGGAAAUGAUAGACGACGUAAAGAAGGCUGGCGCAGAUGUUGUUAUAUGUCAAUGGGGUUUUGACGAUGAGGCUAAUCAUUUGUUGCUACAAAAUGACUUACCUGCUGUAAGAUGGGUAGGUGGCCAAGAGCUAGAACAUAUUGCUAUUUCCACAAACGGCCGUAUUGUUCCAAGAUUCCAAGAUUUAUCGAAAGAGAAACUGGGUACGUGUUCCCGAAUCUACGAACAGGAGUUUGGUACUACCAAAGACCGUAUGCUAAUUAUUGAGCAAAGUAAAGAAACGAAGACCGUAACAUGUUUUGUUCGUGGUUCCAAUAAAAUGAUUGUGGACGAAGCUGAACGUGCAUUGCAUGAUUCUUUAUGCGUGGUACGUAAUUUGGUCAAAGACUCACGUGUGGUUUACGGUGGUGGGGCAGCAGAAGUGGCCAUGUCGUUGGCCGUCUCUGAAGAAGCUGAUAAGCAACGUGGCAUCGAUCAGUAUGCGUUCCGUGCAUUUUCCCAAGCAUUAGACACCAUUCCAAUGACUUUGGCUGAAAACUCCGGCCUUGACCCAAUUGGCACUUUAUCUACAUUGAAAAGUAAACAGCUUAAAGAAAAGAUCUCCAACAUCGGUGUUGAUUGCCUGGGAUACGGGUCGAACGACAUGAAGGAACUGUUUGUGGUCGAUCCAUUUAUUGGCAAGAAGCAGCAAAUUUUACUGGCAACUCAGUUAUGUAGAAUGAUUUUAAAGAUUGAUAACGUCAUCAUUAGUGGUAAGGAUGAAUAUUAG